UGAGAAAAUGGCAGACGUUUCUUUGGAUGAAGUGAUACGACAGCGCGGUAUUAACCUCAAGGCUUCAGCUAAACGGCCCACGUUUGGAUGGGGUGCAGGAGGCACUGGCAAGAGUUUUGAUGCCCGGCAGAAGAUUGGGGUUAAUGAUGUCAGACAGCGGCUUGGAGGGGGAACGGGUUUUCAAGUGAAAGAUGCCAGAGAAAAGCUGGGACAGAAAGAUGCUCGCUUCAAAAUCCGUGGCAGGGGAGGAGCGGGAGGAGUGCAAGACGCUCGUCAGAUGAUAAACUCACGCAAACAGGGGCAGAAUCAGUUCAGUGUCCCCGCACAAACAACGCAGAAAACUGGAGUAACACACCAACUACAGAGCCCGACGUUUGUGCCGCAGAUACAGAUACACGCCAGUGUUCCUGGCAGUGUGAACACAAGGCAGUUUGCCCCUAAUGUACAAGGACUGAGUGUGAGGGGCAGCCCUAUGCCACAGCUGAGCAAUAAUAAAAGAAUGAUAGAUGCUCGUGAUAGGCUGAGCCUGAAGAGGAGCAUUGGAGGGACACAGACACAGUCAGCUGCCACCCCACCCUUGAAAAUAACCAAGACCAUCCAGCAACGUCCUGUGGGGAUGUCAGGUGGCAUACGUGCGGCUGGGCAGCCUGUCACAAAUGAUCAUGAUGGCCCCUCCAGUAAACAAAUAAAGAUCACUACUGCAAACAAUAUGCUACAAUCACGGUCUGGCGCAGUAGGCUCCACAUUCUCCAUGUCAGCCCCAAUCACCAAGGUGGUUAAAAACGAUGCUUACACAGCUCCACGUCCUCCGGUUCCUGUGGCUCCCACCCGGCCCAACACCAGCAUGGCUGCCGCCCGGUCCUCAGCUGCAGCCUUGCAGCCAGUUUCCAGGACCCUCCAGCAAAGCACAGCAGAAACCAGCGCAACGGCUCCUACUCUCCCUCAGCCUGCUUUCAGUCCUUUGGAGGGGACAAAAAUAACAGUGAACAACCUGCAUCCCCGGGUCACUGAGGAAGACAUAGUUGAACUGUUCUGUGUGUGCGGUGCCUUGAAGCGAGCACGGCUGGUGAAGGUGGGCGUGGCUGAAGUGGUGUUCGUCCGUAAAGAGGACGCUGUGAGCGCAUACAGGAAGUACAACAACCGCUGCCUGGACGGCCAACCCAUGAAGUGUAACCUUCAUAUUCAGGGAAAUGUCAUCACAUCUGAUCAGCCCAUUCUAUUGAGGCUCAGUGACACUCCAGGCGCAGGCAGCAGUACAAAGAAAGACGGUCUGCCCCCCUCCUUGUCUCGUCCCGCUGGUCAGCGAGCCUCCUCUCAGCCCACUCCGGAGGUGGACCCCCAGACCAUCCUCAAAGCUCUGUUCAAGUCCACUGCACAGUCCACCUCCACCACUGAGCCCCCCAGCUCACAGGCCACCGCCUUUCGCAUCAAGAUAUAACUCAUGUCUAAUGUGAAUACAUUGUCUUUUCAUAAACGUAUUACUGCAUUCUCUGUGUCCACGUACAAACUGUGGUUUUCACCUUGACAGCAGGCAGUCACCAUUCUCAUAUGAAACUGAUUUUUACACAUUUGAUAUACAUGACAACUCUGAACGUGAAAUUCAUGGAUACGCAACAUCCCAUUUUUGGUUUUGUGGUAUCCAAAUGUCACCUGUUCGCUUCUGAGAUGGACCAGGGGAAAGAAACGUGAUUUGUUGUUUUAAUCCAUUGUGGUGUGGGAUGCCAAAUCAACGUCGAUGUGUAGGGAUUUUUUUUUUCUUUCUUUUUUUUUUUGUCAGUUCAAUGUCAUCCCAUUUGAAUAUGUUGAGGUUUUUAAAUACUCCUGUUUAACUCUUAUCAACGCCAACAUCCCAAAAAAGGAGAAGGGGCAAAAAGACCUAAAAACUAAUUGAUGGAUACUGAUCAGCAUUGUCGUUGUUGAGAGAUUUGUUAUGUUUAAGGCCCUGUACAUUCACACAGGUGUGUUCAGUUAUAUAGUUUGUUCCUCUGUUUGGAUUGUCAUAAAACAAUCAUAGACAUAAAACAGAACAUAGACCAAACGACACUAACAGAAAUAACAAAAUUCAGUAGAUACCAUGUCUGUCUGAUUACGCAGGACAAUUAAGUUGCCUUCACUGAAUCUUUGGCACAGCUCUGUCUAACUGGAGAAGAGGUCUGAAAGCCAAAAUAACUGAAAAGAUCUUGUGUGUAAAUUGCAGAUAGACAGAAACUGUAAUACCAUCACUUCACUAAACCAGUUCUCAAACAGUCAUAUUAUGUUGAAGUUUUAUUUGGUUUUUACCAUUCUUGUGGAAUCCAGAUUCUUGUGUGCUCUGUUUGUGGCUGGUUUAACUUGGUUGUCCAGUUUUUGAAGCAGUAAAUGUUUAAUUCGUUCUAGUAUACAUUACACUCAGAUUAUUUUCCAAGGCCUGUAAAUUACUUUCUGUUGCUUUCUUGGUCUGUCAGUUGAGAGACUAGAGAGGUAAGAUCUGUCUGUGAAAUGUCACCAUUAAAUAUUUAGCUUUGUA